UUGGGCUCUGUGGGCUUUGCAGCUCAUCGACAUUGCCGCUCGCAAGAUCGGGCGGGAAAUCUGAGAAUCAGUGGCGGGAAAACGAAAAGCUUCUACUUCAUAAGUUCAUAACUGCAUAGCAAUUCUUCACCCGCUUUCCGUUGUUGAUUGUUGAUCGAGUUGUUAAUCGCAGGGUUGUAAAGAAUGUUCUCCAGCAGCCAGUUUGAUUCCGGCAGUGGAUUUACGUCUUCUCAGACCAAUGACUCUUCUUCGGCGAAGAAUCGAGAAACGCCGGGCCUGGUUCCGGCAACUGUAAAACAGAUAAGCGAAGCUUCCCAUUCUGGCGAAGAGAAGGCCAACUUCGUAAUCAACGGCGUUGACAUUACAAAUGUUACAAUCGUUGGGAAGGUCUCUGAGAAAGCUGAAAGGAAUACGGACAUCACAUUCAUUGUAGAUGAUGGAACAGGAAGAAUUGGCUGCAAAAGAUGGGUAAAUGACACUUUCGACACCAAGCAAAUGGAUGAAAUACAAGAUGGAAUGUAUAUACGGGUUAAUGGGCAUUUGAAAAUAUUCCAAAGUAACAAGCAAAUAUUUGCAUUCUCUGUAAGGCCUAUUACAAAUUUUGAUGAAAUUACCUUCCACUUUAUUGAAUGCAUACAUGAGCACUUGCGGAAUUCCAAGUUACAGAAUCUCAAUGGAGUUGGAUCGACACAGUUCCAAUCCUCGGAUUCAAUUGUGAAGACUCCAAUGCAGAAUGGCUCGAGUGGAUAUCAGACAGCAUCUUCAGUACUACCAUCUGAGCAGCACACUGUUGAUGUUAAGAAGAAUUGUGAUGACUUGAUCCUCGACUAUCUUCAGCUGCCCUCCAGCGUUGCCAAAGAAAGAGGGAUACACAGAGAUGAACUUUCCCAACAACUAAAGAUUCCAAUGGAGAAAAUACUGAACUCCAUAAGGUCUCUUGAAGAUGAAGGUUUGAUAUAUUCCACCAUAGAUGAGUUUCAUUUCAAGUCUGCUGCAUAGGAUUUUGGAACGGGUAAAGUGCAAACCUAUGUCAGUACUAAAAGCAUUAUGGGUAAAGUUCAAACUUUUAUCCUUUUUUUUUUUUUUUUUACUGCCCCUUUCAAAACCUCCAGAAUUCAAAGUAUAUGGUGUUUUGAAGCUUUAUUUCUCUAAAUACAUAAUUUUAGGAGGAAAAGUAUAUGGUCUAUCAAUUAGUCGAUUAAUUUUAUAUCAUUGAUC